AUGGCUCAACCUGAGGCCCAUGAAAUCCCUACAAGGCACACACCUGCACACUGGAGAAACAAAGAAAUCACCGCACUUGAUACCUCCGGCAACUUCAAGCCACAGGUGUAUACUUCUGCACUAACAGUCAUCAACGAUGAUCCCAACCUUCAACCAUUGCGGAUCGGUCCAGCAAAGACCGUCAAUAUGGUGAAGAGCAAGUGGGCAUCACUCAAGUCUAUUCAUCACGCUAUCGAUAAAUACCGCAACCAGACUGGUACACACUGGGACGGUGCCAAUGGAGCUGGGAUCCAUGGCCCUGCAGUGUCCGCUGUGUGGGAUUCAUAUGUUGCGCUCAGUGUACGUCAGCCCCUUUUAUUUUUCAAAUAA